AGUCCUGGGGAGGGCUGGGGGCCUGAAAGGAGCAUGAUGAGCCCAGGCUGCGUUUUCAGUCUUGCUAGAAGCAGGUUUGGUCCCUAGAAACAACUAGAGACAGGCCCAGGCCAGGACAAACAGGCUAGGGGGCAUCAUGGGAGGUGUCUCAGCUUAUCUCCUCCCUCUUGCGCCUCUAGCUCACUAAUCCCGCCUCUCAUCUCACCUUUCUCUAACCCUCUCAGACUGCAGGACCUAGGGCAGCAGGGAAGCUUAUUUGGCCUGAGCCUUACCUACAAAGGGCUCAAAGGUAGACUUUUGCUAUUACAUUCAAAUUGCAACGUAUAGAUGCUCAUAUUUUGGAAUUAAUUACAUUUUAGCAGUUUUUCUUUGUUUAAAAAAAUCUGCUGGUACCUUAAUAAACAUGGAACCAGCAACCUUUUGCCGGAUGUCUGUCCUCCGGGUCUCUGGGCCUGGAGGCGGGAGUGUUUCAAAGCACUUCACGCUCCGCGGCCCCACCGGCUGGCUGCGCUGCCCGCUGCGGCCGGCAGGGGUCGUCCACGGACAGGCCUGGAGGAGGCGAGACGGGGGCGGGGCCGGGAACCUGGGCAGGCCAAUAAAGGCUGCGGCGCGCGGCUGCGCGGGACUCGGCCUUCUGGGCGCGCGCGACGUCAGUUUGAGUUCUGUGUUCUCCCCGCCCGUGUCCCGCCCGACCCGCACCGCGAUGCUGGCGCUGCGCUGCGGCUCCCGCUGGCUCGGCCUGCUCUCCGUCCCGCGCUCCGUGCCGCUGCGCCUCCCCGCGGCCCGCGCCUGCAGCAAGGGCGCCGGCGACCCGUCCUCUUCCUCUUCCUCCGGGAACCCGCUCGUGUACCUGGACGUGGACGCCAACGGGAAGCCGCUCGGCCGCGUGGUGCUGGAGCUGAAGGCAGAUGUCGUCCCAAAGACAGCUGAGAACUUCAGAGCCCUGUGCACUGGUGAGAAGGGCUUCGGCUACAAAGGCUCCACCUUCCACAGGGUGAUCCCUUCCUUCAUGUGCCAGGCGGGCGACUUCACCAACCACAACGGCACAGGCGGGAAGUCCAUCUACGGAAGCCGCUUUCCUGACGAGAACUUUACACUGAAGCACGUGGGGCCAGGUGUCCUGUCCAUGGCUAAUGCUGGUCCUAACACCAAUGGCUCCCAGUUCUUCAUCUGCACCAUAAAGGCAGACUGGUUGGAUGGCAAGCAUGUUGUGUUCGGUCACGUCAAAGAGGGCAUGGACGUCGUGAAGAAAAUAGAAUCUUUCGGCUCUAAGAGUGGGAGGACAUCCAAGAAGAUUGUCAUCACAGACUGUGGCCAGUUGAGCUAAUCUGUGGCCAGGGUGCUGGCACGGUGGCAGCUGCAAAUGUCCAUGCACCCAGGUGGCCGCGUUGGGCUGUCAGCCAAGGUGCCUGAAACGAUACGUGUGCCCACUCCACCGUCACGGUGUGCCUGAGGAAGGCUGCUAGGGAUGUUAGACCUCGGCCAGGACCCACCACAUUGCUUCCUAAUACCCACCCUUCCUCACGACCUCAUUUCUGGGCAUCUUUGUGGACGUGAUGUCACCCACCCCUUGUCAAGCAUUGCCUGUGAUUGCCCAGCCCAGAUUCAUCUGUGCCUUGGACAUGGUGAUGGUGAUGGGUUGCCAUCCAAGUGAAGGUCUUUUCCUUGACCAAGGGGGACAGUCAGUUUUGCAAAAGGACUCUUAAUACCUGUUUAAUAUUGUCUUCCUAAUUGGGAUAAUUUAAUUAACAAGAUUGACUAGAAGUGAAACUGCAACACUAACUUCCCCAUGCUGUGGUGUGACCUGAGUUGGUGACACAGGCCACAGACCCCAGAACUUGGCUUUUGAAACACAACUCAGGGCUUUUGUGAAGCUUCCCCCCGCUGAGAUCUUUCCUCCUGGUUACUGUGAAGCCUGUUGGUUUGCUGCUGUCGUUUUUGAGGAGGGCCCAUGGGGGUAGGAGCAGUUGAACCUGGGAACAAACCUCACUUGAGCUGUGCCUAGACAAUGUGAAUUCCUGUGUUGCUAACAGAAGUGGCCUGUAAGCUCCUGUGCUCCGGAGGGAAGCAUUUCCUGGUAGGCUUUGAUUUUUCUGUGUGUUAAAGAAAUUCAAUCUACUGAUGAUGUAUUAUGCAUAAAACAUUUCUAGAACAUGGAUUUGUGUUCACCUUAAAUGUGAAAAUAAAUCCUAUUUUCUAUGGAAGACUGGUACCUGGUUUCUGGAAGAGGGGUCUGUAACUUGGAGCUGAUCUUUACUGAGCUCGCCAUGGCAGAUGCCAUGCUCAGGAUGUUCAUGUGGAUGGUUUCAUGUCAUCGUGCUGGCAUCUUGUCCUCCCUGCCUUAGAGAUGAGGCUCAGACAAACGACCUUAGCACCCAUAGCCUAUGCCAUGAGCACUGGCUCCACCCUGAAUCCCAGCUCCUCCCCUUAGUGACCCCAAGUCUGUUUCCCUCAGCUGCAUAAGGAGGCGAUAUAGUUUGAAUAUUUGUCCCCAGCCAGAUCUCAUGUUGAACUGUAAUCCCCAAUGCUGGAGGUGGGGCCUGGUACGAGGUGUUUGGAUCAUGGGGACGGGUAUUUCAUGGCUUGGUGCUGUUUUCUUGAUAGUGAAUUAUUGCAAGAUAUGGUCAUUUAAAAUUGUGUGGCACCUCCCCCUGCCCCCUUCUUGCUCCUGCUUUCACCAUGUGACAUGCCUCAUCCCCCUUCACCUUUUGCCAUGGUCAUAAGCUUCCUGAGGCCUCCCUGGAAGCUGAGCAGAUGCCAGCACCAUGCUUCCUGUACAUCCUGCAGAACCAUAAGCCAAUUAAACCUCUUUAAUAAUAAA